UUCGUUUCGUGCCCUAUGCUACUUCUCACAUCACUGCACUGCUUCGUUGAUCUUUGAGUGGUUCUGUCAAGCAAAGUAGAAAACAUUCAAACUGGUAUCUUUUGGAAGAUGAAUAGUGUUAUUAGAGGUGCACUAAGAUCCAAGUCUAGUGUUUGUGCACUUCAGAGAAGUCAUGGCCUCCCAAUAUAUUUGGAACAAUUGGGGAGAUGCUUCUCCACUGAAGCAGAACACCCACCACAGAAUUCAACUGCCCCACCUCAAUUUUUUCGAACUGACAAUUCAGGCUUGACAUAUGCUAGGCUGACUUGCACUCCGAGCGGCAUUCGUAAAUAUAUGCUGAAAACAGAUAUCAUCCACUUCCUUGAGAGUUGCAAAUUGACUCUGGAGGAUGUUAAAGUCGAUUACAACCGUAGCUUUUUUCCAGUUGCAAUGAUGUUGCAAUUCCCUUCUCGCAAUGCCUAUGACAAAGCUAUAAAGGAGAUUGUAGCGAAGGGUCGCCUGUACAAAUUGGAAAUGGCUAGUCGUGACCAAUGGGACUAUGUAACUCCAUAUGAUGGAAAAACUAUUUUAAUUCAAGGGAUUCCUCGAAGUGCAGUAUUUGAAGAUGUAGAACGCGUCCUGACUGGCUGUGAAUAUGAUUCAUCCUCCGUCAAUAUUUUUUUAAGACCUGGCGCAGGUACAGAUGCCAUUAAAAUGGCCACAGUACGUUUCCCUUCAAGGACUCAAGCAAUGAAUGCAUUCAUCACAAAGAAUGGAACGAUUUGCCAAAACAGUCGCAUUUUGGUACAAGUUCUCCAGUAAUACACGCCCAUUCCUGGCACUAGUGUUAUAGGAGAACUGUUACAUUUAUAUUGUUAUUUGUGAUUUUGGAUUUAGUUCCCUCUCUGGUUCAAAGUGACGCGAGAAAAUGCUAAAACUCUUGCAAACUGGUUACAUUUAUUAUAUAAGAACACUUUGACCCAUCUGAGUUCGGUAAUCGAUCAAGAGGUUACUGUCUUUUUUGGGAGCUAUAGGAAAUGCAUUUCAAGUACAUCAAUUAGUAGGUAUGAGAGGGCUAAUGUUUCACAUUAUAUU